AUGGUUCCUCCAAGGAUGGGCACGCGAGAUGUCCCUCCAUUUGGGAGCCAACCAUUCGAUCACUUCAUCAUGGAAAGAUGGGAUCCCUCAUCAACGUUAAGCAAGAAGGAACAGCACAAGGUGCUCGUGGCGGUCUGGCUCAGCCUUGGGCAGUACGGUCGCAAUAUUUUCUAUCAGCGAAUGAGGACUUGGGCCAAUGACAGUGACAUUCCAGAGCACGUUCCGCAGGAUCUUCUUACAAACGAACAACGGGCCAAAAACGAGGUGCCUUACUGCGCAUUCUGGAUCCGGACAUGGUAUGGAACCGAAGACAAGGGCAGUGAUGGGUCUAAACCGGUCACUCGGGCUACUGCUAAUAAAUGCUACCAUCAUCUAUAUCGAAGGGCCGUUCUAAGCAUAGAGGAAGACGGAGAUGAGAACGAGCCUUACGACGGCGAUUUGACGAUCGAAGAGGAUGCCAUUUUCGAUGAUGACCCGGAUUCCUUUGGAAUGGCUCAGCAAACCCCUGAGGAAGAUAUUGCACCUGCAGGAGCGAUUCCUUCGGCCCUGGCUGGUGCUUUCAUGCGGGUCCCAGACUCAUUCGAUGGUACUUCUAAGGCGGAGUGGCGAUCAGAUAAUGCAGAGAUGAUUUUAAAGGAAGAAAAACGUUUGGAGGAUUCACAGCACGUACUAGUACUCUUGGCAGACCGCCAGGCCUGUGAGCGGGGAUGGGUGUUAUUCCUCAGUAUUAACCACAAGGGUCAGGUGAUGCCACUUCGUAUUAGACACAAAGCCGGAGACACCCGAGACCAAGUGAAUCAAUGGUUGGGUCUUGGUCACGGUAUCGAUGCAGCACCUGAGGAUCGCACGGAUGAGGUGAUCUAUGCAGAUGAUGGUGAUGGGUGGGAUAAGUGCUAGAGUCUGGUUUCUAUCUAGUACAGAAGCUAUCAAACAAGGAGUGUAUGCUAUCCAUAUCAUUCAAUGAUGAGCAUUAUACUGUAGAUGCUUCUUAAAAUGGCGUUGAUGCUCGCGUUCCC